UGUGCAAAUACAUCCCGACGCGUGUACGCAAGCCGACGUGUCAUGCGCACGUAUGGGCGAGGAGGCGCGUGCGGCCACGUAUAGGUGUGACGGGGGCUCGCACGCCCCCCGUGCUCGUGGAUGAGCCCUGUGGGGUGGCAGCUGAGCUGGGUGUGAGCCCCCCUGGGCCAAACGGGGUGCAGGAGGUGCCCGGGGCCUCCCGGUUGUGUCGCCGCACGCCCGAUGGCCGGGAAGGAGCCGCUGCUGAGCGCCCUCAGAGGCGAGGUGCUGCGGCUGCGGGAGACUGGGGGGCCCUGCACGGACACCUCUCCUCACCUCGCUGCUGUCUGCCAGCUGCUGGAGAGCGUCCUGCGCAAGGGGCUCCGACAGCCAGUGUGGGGCUUCCGGAGACGGGAUUAUUGGCACUGGCUGGAGCAGCUUCCCCAGGGGGAGGGCGGCAGCAGGCCGAAUUCUCUCUCCCUCAGCAUCCAAAGAGCCGCGACCUGCUCCAAGGCGCUGACGGCGCAGGGCCGCGGCCGCUGCUUCCUGCGCUCGGCGCUGCAGGGGAAGGUGCUGGCGGUGGCCCUGAGGCAGCUGGCGCGCAGCCCCCGGCUCCUGGAGUUCUACGACCCGGCGAGCUCCAUCCUCGGCAAUGAAGUCCUCCUGGAGCCCUUCCUCUCGCUGGUGCUGGUGGUGACAGAGAUGGAUUUCUCCCUGGAUCUGCAGAACUGCAGCUUCUUGGACGAAAGCUGGCUGCUGCCGGUGUGCACCACUUACGAGAUGGUCCCGUGCCAAGCACUGGGGAUGGUGAUCAGGUACGUGGACGGCCGAGUCUUUGUCACCGAGGUGCUCCCCGAGAGCCAGGCGGAGGUGGACGAGGUGGUGCUGGCCGGCGACAUCCUGGAUGAGAUCAACGGCUGCUCGCUGCGCAACGCCUACAGUGGGCAGGCUGGGGCGAUGGUGCAGAAGCUGAGGGGACAGCCGCUGAGUUUCCGCGUGCUGCGGUGGCGGUGGCACGAUGGAGAGGUCUACGAGCCCCUGCUGCCCUACCUGAAGGUCCUGAAGGAGAAAGAGCCCCGCUUCCAGCUCCAGCGCUGCCCCCGGCGCCGGGUGGAGAGGGAGACGAGGAAGGUGCAGGGGGGCAGGCUGCUCUACAACGUGCGGUACCUGGGCCAGAGCGGCGUUGGGACGUUUGGUGGCAAGGAGGUGCUGGAGUGGGCCAUCCCCGCUGUGCUGGAGAGGGGCUCAGCACCACGGGAGGUUUUAUUUGAUGUAAAGGAAACGGAAAUCCUCGUACAAGAGAAGGGUUCUUCCAAGGUCCUGUUCCGCUACCUCUACCCUGAGAUCUCCUGCGUGGGACGCUGCCGGGAGAGCAGCCGUUUAUUCGCCUUCUGCGUUGUCUCGUCCCCGGAGAGCCCCGAAGGGAACACGUUUGACUGUCUAGUGUUUGCAUCAGGUUCUGAGCAAGAAUGCGAGGAAAUCAUCAAGAGAAUUGGUAAGGGAACAUUUUAUUUCUUCAGAUAUAAUUACAGUAAAAUGUGGAGUACCAAGAAUUGCUAUUCCAUGCCACCACAUGCAAGAUCUAACAAUUGCUUUUGUUGAGAUUACUAAGAUGAAUAGAUACUUGGAUAGGAUUUUUCUUUUUAUUUUU